GAAGCAUCAGUGUGACUGACUGUAACUAUACCGAUCGAACGAUGCCAGAUUAUCAGCUGUCGAAACCUAGCCCACGUCAGUUAUUAGCUAUUUGCCUGUCGAACGCAGCCCACUGCCUGUAUAAAUUUGGGACAACAUGCACUGUCAAUCCAAAGAAGUCUCAAUUCGAUUACCUUUCUGCAUGUAUCAAAUGCUGUGAGCGAGCAGUCAGCCUUGAACCAAACUAUAUAAAGGCUUGGUUCCGUAUAGCCAAAGUUCAUGCUUUAUUAGGGAACUAUGAAGAAGCGCUUACAACUGGACAAAAGUGUCUUACAUGUUCUCUCGAUAAAAACACAUAUGAAUCUAAAUGGAUUAGCGUCGAUGAACGCACAAAAGUGGAUAUCAGUAAUAAGCUAAAGAAACUGCUAUCAGAAUGGCGCGCUUCGUUAGACAGUGAAGAAAAAAUCGAAAGAUCGAUUAUUCGGGACCGAACAAUUAAAAAGUACUCAUCUUAUGGAGAUUGGUGCGUAAGUGUCCCCACUUUAUUUUCAGUAAUUAAGAAAAGUUAG